AUGGCGUUGGUAGCAGGACGUAGUGGGUCUGAUGGAGUAGGCUGGUGUCACUGUGACCACUGCCCUGAUGGAUGGACUCGCUUUGGAGAUAACUGUUACCAGUUCCAUCAUGAACACAAGACCUGGGCUGAUGCAGAGAUUGACUGUGUUGCCCACCAUGGGAAUCUGGCAUCGAUACAUGGCCAAAAUGAAUACGACUUUGUCGAACAUCUGAUCCACAAAGACUCUGACAAAGAUGAGCGAACAUGGAUUGGUGGCCAUGAUAUGGCAAAGGAGGGAGUGUGGAUGUGGAGUGAUGGUACCGCUUUUGACUUUGAGGGUUUGUGGGGUGAAGGAGAGCCCAACAACGCUGGUCACAGUGAACACUGCCUGGAGAUGAACUACAAGGGUGGCGACUCUGCAGUGAUCUAUUCAUCAUUCUUUGAAGAUGACUGUGAAGAAGACUACAACCUACAGAGGGUUUCGCAGGGGACACAGCACAUCAUUAACUACAAGGGCAGCACCAGCAGCAUCUUUAGUGCCGACGCCUCACUGGCAGAAGAAGUGAACCAAACACAGCACAGAGACGGCACUGUUCAGGGCUGUUAA